CCAUAAAUUGAAGAACAACUUCUUCAUCAUCAGAAGCAGAGAAGGAUUGAUUGAUUGAUUGAUUACAAAUAUAUAUAUAUGUAAGUAUAUAUAUGGUGGUGAUGAAGAUGAAGAUGACGAUGAUGGAGGAAAUCCUGUGUGAGGUGGACGUAGAGAGAGAGGAGAGGAGCGAGAAAGGGAUAGGGCUACCCCCUGGGUUCAGAUUCCACCCCACAGAUGAAGAGCUCAUCACCUUCUACCUUGCCUCUAAGGUCUUCCAUUCUCAUUCCAACUCCUUCUCUGAGCUCGACCUCAACCGCUGCGAGCCAUGGCACCUUCCAGAUGUGGCGAAAAUGGGGGAGAGAGAGUGGUACUUCUUCAGCUUAAGAGACCGGAAGUACCCGACCGGUCUGAGGACGAACCGGGCGACCGGCGCCGGGUACUGGAAGGCGACCGGAAAAGACAGGGAGGUGUACGGGUCCGGGAGUGGGGUCCAGGCCCUGGUGGGGAUGAAGAAAACCCUGGUCUUCUACAAGGGGAGAGCUCCACGUGGUCAGAAGACCAAUUGGGUUAUGCACGAGUAUCGCCUUUCUCACUCCUCUUCCCAAUCCCACAACACCAAGCAGGAUGAGUGGGUAAUGUGCAGAAUCUUUUACAAAAUAGCAACAACAGGAGCAGCUCAUGAGAAGAAAUUAGGGCAGCAGCAGCAGCAGCAACCCCAAUUAAUCCCUAAUUAUAAUCAUUACAACAUUAAUAAUUCUUAUUCCCUAAUUGAUCAUCCCCAAAUGAUCAAUCUCCACCAAAACCCUAACCCUAAUUUCCCAAAUCCAAUUGAUCUGAUGAUCCAAGAUGAUCAAGAAUAUCUGAAAACCCUAAUCCAUAAUCAGUCAUCCCAAUCUGACAAUAUUUUCUUCCCACUCAUGAACAACAACAAGUUCUUAUCAUCAUCAUUAUCAUCAUCCCCCAUUAUUGCUGCUGAAUCUUCUUCUUCUACUUCUCUGAAGAAACAGAAACGUUGCAAGAAAGAGGGUUUUCCAGGGGCCCACUACUUCCAUUACCCACAAAUUGAAAUAUUUGCCAAUAAUAAUAAUAAUAAUAGUAGUUUUGAUGAUGAUGCCAUGAAUCUUGCAGCAGCAGUUACUGGUAAUGUGGUGAUGUCAUCAUCUGAGCCUGCUAAUCUGGAGUGGUGGUAGAUAGAUACAGUAUUAUAUAUAUAUAUGUAUCUGGAUUGUUGAAUUGAUCACUACCGUUAGAUCUCGAUUAUGGCGAGUCUAGAUUCAAUUACUGUAUCUGAUCAUCAUCUGUGAUGAAAUUAAUUAGGUAGCAGAAAGAAUCUAGAUAGAGAUUCUCGAGUAUGUGAAGUAGCCAUGCCAUGCCUGCAGAC